UUCCAACAAGCGAGAGAAGUGCCUGGUGGCACAGGCAGUGUUUGAAUGCUCAGUAUGGGAUCCUGGUGGAGAUAAUGGUACGCUCUCAUGAUGUGGACCUUGUAUGGCAGGCGCAAGGACCCUUAUGGACCUCCAGAUGCUGGUUGGUUCAUUUACUUCUGAAGGGAAGGGCCGUGGCUCAUGGGCAGAGCAGAAGGACCCAGUUUCAAUCCCUGGCAUGUCCAGGGACAGCUGGGCAAAACUCCUUGCUUGAAACCCUUGAGAGCCGCUGCCAGUCAGUGUGGACAAUACUGAGCUAGAUGGACCAACAGUCUGCCUCGGUAUAAGGCAGCUUCCUCUGUUCCUAUGCUUUGCACUCAGAAGGUCCCAGGUUUAAUUCCUGGAAGCAUCUCCAUUUAAAAGGACCAGGUAGCAGGUGAUGGGAAAAGCCAAAGACAUGGAGAGAUGCUGCCAGUCAGAGCAGGCAAUACUGAGCGAGGCUGACUAAUAGUCUUACCUGGAGUAAGGUGGCAUCCCAUGUUCCAGUUGACACCUGUUCUGCUUCGAAGCAGCCUUCCAAGUGAUGUGCAUCUGCCUCUCCCAGAGGACAGGACGGGGGCAGAGAAGAAAGCGGAAAGACCUCAAAGAGUCUGCUCUUGCCGGAGAGUGGACACCACGGGGCCUUGCAGCCAACUCAAGCCCAAGCAUUCCCAACAAGCCACUGGAUCAUGUAAAGCACAAGAUUCCUUUCCCAAGAGUUCACUGCAGCCCACAUCUCCUAACCGGAUGCCAGCAUGCAUUCCAGUAACAACUCCGUUACCAUUGCCACCGAGCAGCCUCUGCAAGAUCUUGGCUCAUCACCAACCAACAUCUCCUUUUCAUAUCUCUGUCCCAUUAUCGUCUCCAGUUACCAGUUUGUACUCAUCCCAGUGCUCUACUGUAUUAUCUUCAUCCUUGGACUGGCAGGGAACAGCAUGGUGGUCAUGGUGCUGUGUCAGCCGCAGAGCCGUAAGACGGUGUCCAAUGUUUACAUUGUCAACCUAGCGGUGGCGGACUUGCUAGCCCUAACCACUGUCCCGUUCUGGGCUGCGUAUUAUGCGUACGGAUACAAUUGGCUCUUUGGCUCGGUGAUGUGCAAAAUCUCUGGCUCGGUCCUUUGCCUGACCAUGUUUGGAAGCAUCUUCUUCAUCACGUGCAUGAGUCUGAACCGCUAUCAGGCGAUCGUCCACCCUUUUCAAUCCCAGCAAGGGACACCACAGCAAGCAUACAAUACUGCCCUGGUCGUGUGGGGUCUGGCUGCUUUGACCUCCUUGCCCACCUUCUACUUCCGCGACACCAAAUACAUCACCGAGUUGGGCGUGACCGCCUGCAUCAUGGCAUACCCGUCGGAGAAGUACUCAAGCUGGUCAGCCGGGAUGGCCUUGAUGAAAAACAUCCUUGGCUUCCUGGUCCCUCUGGCCAUCAUCACCACCUGCUACGUUUGGAUCAGGGUGCAUCUGAUGAAGGCCCGGGGCUUGGGGAAAAACCGGCAGAUCCGGGAUCGAGUGCUAAAGCUGGUGGCUGCCGUGGUAGUGGCGUUCUUGAUUUGCUGGCUGCCCUUCCACAUCCUCACUUUUCUGGAUGCCCUCUCCUGGAUGGAUGUGAUCAGCAACUGCUGGGUCACGUCCGCCAUUGACGCUGCCUUGCCCUUUGGCCUCUCCAUGGGGUUCGCAAAUAGCUGCAUCAACCCGUUAUUGUACUAUUUCAUCAGCAGCCAGUUCCAGGAGAAACUUCAACAUUUGUUUAAGCUGAGGCUCUACCAGUUCAGCAGCAGCCGAGAAAGCUUUUGCUCCAGGAAAACAAGUUCCUACAAAACCACAGAGACCCUGAGGGGUGCAGAGCGAAGAGGAGACGUCGAAAAGCCACAGACGCACCCACUGUGGGUGCCCUGAGUGAGCAUGCAGCAUCUGGAAACGGUUAAGAGAAUGUUGCUCCCUCCCUCUCCCUUUUGUACUUUCCCUCUCCCAUUGUUACACAUCUUCUAGAACAAACUGUCCAGCAAGGACUGUGUUUUCAAUUUCUUGGGGGAUUUCUACUCCUUCAGAAAGAGCUGUCAUAUAUUUUAACUGCUUGGUGUUUUAUUAUUAUUAAACCAGGGGUGUAAUUUAUCACCAAUAAACAUCUGACAAAC